CACCCAAUCCGGGAGACUCAUAAGUAAAAAAAAAUCGUUAGAAUAAUCAACCCUCUCGGACAAGCUGGCACGUCGUAAAGAUGCAUCGCUGAAAAGUUUUAUUGCCAAACGUUUUCGACGUUUUUCAUCGAGGUGCUAAGAUAACGAAACAGAGAGGGGGGGAAAUAUAAUAAUAAGCAAUGAAUUUAACGUUGUGAACGAAGAAAGCGUGAUAAUUGUUUAACGUAAUAUUUUUAAUUUUGUGUUCGUUUAUAACAGAAUCCGUAAAGAGAAACAAGUUUUCCUUCACGUGGGUGAUACCUUGUAAAUUUUUUUUUUUUCUUUCUUUUUUGAAAUGGGUACGGCGGGUCGCGAUUUUGAGCGCGAUCGGGACGACAAGCUCCACUGUCGAAUUUGUGCUAGUGACAUACCAAGAAACGAUGGGGUCCACAUUUUCGCCGAGGAUGGUAGACGGCACUACCUGCAGACCAAAAUACGAAAAUAUCUGUAUAUCUUGGUGUCCUCAGAAGAUAAGUUAUCAAAGAUGGUAUGUGCUACAUGCAUUAAAAGAUUAGAAAAUAUUCAUCGUUUUGCAAUGAUGGCAUAUAGAACGCAAGAGAAAUUAAGAUUGCAAUUAUAUAACAAUGCUGACAAUAUAAGUGCUGCACAAGAUGUAGAAUUGGAAAGUAUUAAAGAUGCGCAGGAUGCAACAAAAAAAAUGGAAGAUCGGGGACUGCUACAUACAAUAUUAACAAAAGGUGCAAUAGAAAUUUUGGCAGAGGGUGAACCAUUGGGACCAUCAGAAUUAAUGUCGCAGGAAGAUAAAUGCCCUACUCCAAGUAUGGAGGAAAUGGAAGUAAAAGUAGAUCCAAUGUUAUUUUUACAGUGUGGCAUGGAACAAUCAGCAUCAGAAAGUUCAGAGGAAUCAGAUACUGAAGAAAAGAUAACAAGAGUAGAUACACCAGAACCAUUGCCAUUAACAAAUAAAAUUGAAGGAAUAAAAAAGGAGAUAAGGGAUGAUAAUGAUAAAUCGCAAGAAGAUAACGAUGAAUUUGUUUCUGAUGUAUCGACAAAACCUCAUGAAUGUACAAUAUGUGCUAGAUCCUUUAUAUCUCAAAUUGGUCUACAAAAUCACCUAUGGUCUCAUUUGCCUAAAGAUAAACGAAUCGAUGGGAAGCCUAUUUUAAGAUCGCAACAAGUUUAUUCUACAAAUGGUGUUCUUCACAUGAACACUGAUAACAAUUCGUCUGGAAACUUUAUCUGUCCAAUUUGUAGUAAAAAAAUUUCUACUAAGGGAAAUCUAAAAGUGCAUUUGGAAACACAUCGGCCUAAGGGGAAGUAUGGUUGUGAUAUAUGUGGUAGAAUUUUUAAGACACAGUCAAAUUUAUUCAGACACAAAGAAUAUCAUGGUGGGAUACAAUUUCCAUGCAAUGUAUGUGGAAGAGUGUAUCCAACAAAUUCUACAUUACGAGCUCACAGUAUAACGCAUUCGGAUUUGAGACCACACGCGUGCCCUCUUUGUGAUAAAACGUUUAAAAGAAAUCAGGAUUUGAAAUUCCACAUAAAUCAACACACAGGUGCAAGACCUUAUCAAUGUCCAUAUUGUCCAAAAGCUUUUGCGAGUUCUGGGAACUGUUUUUCACAUCGUAAAAGAAUGCAUCCACGAGAAGUACAUCGAGAUAGACAAAGAGCGGCGGAUUUAAUGAGAUGAACCAUGGGUAGCCAAUACGAAGAAUGGUUUUAGUGGAACGCAAUUAUUUACGAAACGAUCGUAAUAGCUAUUAUGAAAAGAACGAGCUUUAGUUUUGAAUAUGGUGCUAAUGACAAAAGCAACAGAUAUUUGUCUGCUUUAAUUGACUUGUUUACAGUUAGUGUUAGGUAUAUUAUUGUUACUAACAGGCACUUAGUUGUUUGUUCUUAUGCCGUAACUAGGCCUUCUUUACACAAAAUAGAAACAAACGAAUAUAUAUUUUUUUUAAUUUUUUAUCUUAUUAA